AACAGAGGGGCCCGAAAGAGAGUCAAGGACUGGUACUGAAGACCUGGAAUGUUUGUCAAAAGUAGGGACAGGAAACACGUAUAGGGCAGAGAAAACAGGUUUCAUUUCAGCCAGUUAUUGAAAUCAACACAGGGACUUGGAAGAGAGAGACAGAAAGGGAGAGAGAGAGAGUAAGCAAGGAUAACAGUAUGAGUGCAUGCCUGGAUUAGGAAGGAGGGAGAUCACAUGCUGCUCUGGCAUGAAAGACAAGUCCAAGAGAGAGCGAGGGAGAAGGAGAGGGAGAGCGGGCUGACAAACCACCUACUGUCAACCAUCAGAGCUUCAGGACGAGUGGCAGUGUGUGACUGCUGUUGAGACGGAGAGCUUGGUCUCGAGCGGCUCAGCAGACCUGGACUUGUAGGGGGUGUGAAGGGCCACUUCCACCGGAUCCCCUAUAGUCAGCUCGCAGAGGCUCGCUCGCCUGUGGUCUUCCAAGAGUUGUGAGGCUUCAUGUGUGUUAGGACUGUACACAUGUCGUUCACGUGGAUGUGGAAGCCAAAGUCCGACCAUGAGUAUCAUUCUUAAGCCGCGGUCCCGCUCCACCAGCUCGCUGAAGAACACUGAAGGAGUAUGUUUCGACGUGGACAAUGGCACGUCAUCAGGUCGAAGCCCCCUCGAUCCAAUGGCCAGCCCCGGCUCAGGCCUCAUCYUGCAGGCCAACUUUGUCCACAGCCAACGGAGAGAGUCAUUCCUCUACCGCUCGGACAGCGACUACGACCUCUCCCCGAAGUCCAUGUCCCGAAACUCCUCCAUCGCCAGCGACAUUCAUGGUGACGAUAUGAUUGUAACGCCAUUUGCACAGGUUCUUGCAAGCUUGAGAACUGUCCGAAACAACUUUGGUGCAUUAACGAACUUACAGCAAGACAGAACAUCAAAUAAGAGAUCACCCAUGUGUAACCCGCCACCCAUCACCAAGACCACCUUCACAGAGGAGGCCUACCAGAAACUGGCCACUGAGACCCUGGAGGAGCUGGACUGGUGCUUGGACCAGCUGGAGACGCUGCAGACGAGACACUCGGUCAGCGAGAUGGCCUCCAACAAGUUUAAGAGGAUGUUGAAUCGGGAGCUGACUCACCUCUCAGAGAUGAGCCGCUCAGGGAACCAGGUGUCUGAGUUCAUCUCCAACACAUUUCUGGACAAGCAGCAUGAAGUGGAGAUGCCGUCCCCGCAGACGCAGAAGGAGAAGGAGAAGAAGAACAAACCCAUGUCUCAGAUCAGCGGGGUGAAAAAGCUGCAGCACUCGUCGAGCCUCACAAACUCCAACAUCCCGCGCUUUGGUGUCAAAACCGAGACCGAGGAUGAGCUGGCCAAGGAGCUGGAACACGUGAAUAAAUGGGGCCUUAACCUCUUUAAAAUCUCAGAAUUCUCUGGGAACCGACCGCUGACAGUCAUGAUGUACACAAUAUUUCAGGAGAGGGACUUGUUAAAAACGUUUAAAAUUCCACUCGACACCUUUAUAACCUACCUGAUGACCUUAGAGGACCAUUAUCACAGCGACGUGGCGUACCACAACAACAUCCACGCCGCUGACGUCACGCAGUCGACUCACGUGCUGCUCUCCACCCCUGCCCUGGAGGCCGUGUUCACAGACCUCGAGAUCCUAGCUGCCAUCUUUGCCAGCGCAAUUCACGACGUGGACCAUCCUGGAGUCUCAAACCAGUUCCUCAUCAACACCAAUUCUGAGCUAGCCUUGAUGUACAACGACUCAUCAGUGUUGGAGAAUCACCAUUUAGCCGUUGGUUUUAAGCUACUACAAGAGGAGAACUGUGACAUCUUCCAAAACUUGACCAAAAAACAGCGACAAUCACUGCGAAAGAUGGUCAUCGACAUCGUGCUAGCUACAGACAUGUCCAAACACAUGAACCUGCUGGCUGAUCUGAAAACAAUGGUGGAAACAAAGAAAGUGACCAGCUCUGGUGUGCUGCUUCUGGACAACUACUCCGAUAGGAUACAGGUUCUCCAAAACAUGGUGCACUGCGCGGACCUGAGCAACCCCACCAAGCCCCUGCAGCUGUACCGACAGUGGACCGACCGCAUCAUGGAGGAGUUUUUCAGCCAAGGUGACAGAGAAAGGGAGCGAGGCAUGGAGAUCAGCCCCAUGUGCGACAAACACAACGCCUCCGUGGAGAAGAGCCAGGUGGGCUUCAUAGACUAUAUUGUCCACCCGCUGUGGGAGACGUGGGCCGACCUGGUCCACCCCGACGCCCAGGACAUCCUGGACACUUUGGAAGACAACAGAGAGUGGUACCAAAGCACUAUCCCCCAAAGUCCGUCGCCGGCUUUGGACGAGCCAGAGGACGGCACUCGACCCCCCGGAGGGGAGAAGUUCCAGUUCGAGCUCACCCUGGAGGAGGACGGCGAGUCGGACACUGAGAAGGACAGUGGCAGCCAGCCAGAGGAAGAGGAGGAGGACGAGGAAGAGGAGAACAGCUGUACUGACUCAAAAACGCUCUGUACGCAGGACUCCGAAUCCACAGAGAUCCCUUUGGACGAACAGGUGGGGGAGGAUGAGGAGGAGGAGGAGGUGGCAGAGGAGGGGGAAACCCCCUGCUCACAAGCGAGUGCUGUAGAAGAAGAUGUAGCAGAGGAGCAGGAAGAGGAAGAGCAGAAAUCUCCCGACACAUAGCAGUUACAGACAGCACCUGAUUAACUGCUCUUCUUAGUAACAGAUAUAAUAUUUAUAGAAAUUUUUUUUUUGAGUUUUGUGAACUUUGUUUUAUUUUGUUUUUAUACAUCUCCGUUUCUGGUUCCGAAGCGUGCGCUGCUCUCCACCUUUUGGCCACUCCUCUCCUCAGCUUGAUUUCGACACGCCCAUCGGUACUACUUCAAAUUUUUUUGCACUCAGGAAAACCUCCUCUUUCAUUCCCAUUCGUACUGAAGUGGUGUGUCUUUUCUUUCCCUCUGACUCCUCUGUUCUACCUUACGUUUCGGACGCAGACAGGUAGUGUCGGUCUGCUCCAGUGCUGCUCAUCAACGACAUCCUUUCUCUUGUCUUUCUGCUUCGUCUCAGCCUUGCCUGACCGUUCUGUACAGUGUCUUUUUUUCUGUCUCAUGAAGUGCCGAUAACUCCUAAAGUGACGGUUAUUGGUGAGAAUCUCCCGUUUUUUUUUAUUUUUUUAUUUUUUAUUUUUUUAAUUUUUUGUUUGUUUUGUUUUUGGUUAGGUCACAUUCUCCCCACUAUGAAUUAGGAAGCAUGUUAGUGCUGCCGUCCUGCUGAGAACCUGACAGUGUGCUGCAGGAAUGGUAGCUGCAGCACAAAACGGGAGCUUUUUCAAAACACAUUUGUGAUGUGGAAGUCUUCCUUGUAAACCCGACUGACAAAAAGCUUCAACCUGAGCGGUGGUGAUGCCGUYCUAGACCUCUUUUAAUUUUUGUACUGUAUUUAAGAGUCAGAAAUUUUCUAGAAUUUUACUUUUGCAAACCGAGGCUUUUCUUUUUGUUAACAGAGAAGGGGACGAGGGACCUUUUGGAAAACCAACAGGGAGAAACGUGAUAUUCAGUGUUCUGAAGAGUCAUCUCGACAGUUGGAUCAUAUGAGAGUUCAGAUCCUUUUGCACUUGCUCCAAUAGCAUUUAUACUACUUUUACCAUACCACUAUAUUCACUUUCAUUUAGUCCUGUGUGAUGAGAUUUGAUUAUUAUUAUUAUUAUUUAAAGAACGGUCAUUUUGUUGAGAGCUUUCCCUGAGAGGGUCUUCUGCUUUCCGUCUCAUGGAGUUGUUAAUGACUUGGACGAAGCCCUUAAAUUUUAUUAUUGUUGCCUGUAGUUCUUUUGAACACAUCCUGAGACAAUGCAAUGCUUUGUAGUUACAAUACAAAAAAGCACCUUUUUUAGAUGUUUGAUUAGUGCUCCACGUGUUUAGAGAUAGAAAUGUUGUUAAAAAUGGCUAGGGUAAUUUUAUAACAAUCUUAUGAAAACGUUCUUUUACUUUUCUCCAUCGGUUUGACUGAAAACAAGCAGGAGAUGCUUGUCUUUAAAGGGGGGGAUAGAUCAGAUGUUUUGAAGUUGGGCUCUGUGGAAGUGUUAUGAACAAUGAAUAUUUUACCUGCUUGAGAUGGCUCUUUGAGCAAUUUCAGUUUGGAGAAGUAGCAUUUAUUCUGACUGGAGUGACAAGCUAAUGAUUAAUUUUAGAGUUU